AAUUGUUUGGAAAUGGAGAAAUCGAUGAAAAUGGAAGGCGCGCAUCUUCUUCUUCCUAUCGUUUUUGUAGGAAAAACCAGGGGUUUGAAAUCAAAAGACUCCCUCCGACACAGACGUAGAAAGGAGAUGAUCUCUAUAAAAUCCAUUUUUUCUGGAACUUGCCAUUGGUUUGAGAAACGACGAGAAUCAAUCAAUAGAUCUGAUUGAGAUUAUUGAACCCGGAUCCGACAAUAGUCGGACCCACCUUCUGCUUUCCCCCUCCCCUCUCCUCCCAUGGUGGGUUCCUUCAAUUUGGCACAGGGUGAGCGAGCGAGAGAGAGAGAGGAGAUCGUAGCCUCUUGAUAGUUUUCAUCUCUUACAGAAUCCGAUAUCGUCUUUGUUGGAACAUCUUGCAGCUUGCUAAGGGACUUGCUUUGAUACUUCAUCAAGAACAUAAAAAGGGAAAAUGGGUAGUUGUGCUUCAAGCCCCGUUAAAACAAUCAAACCUAGGAAACCACGACGUCAUCGUAGCAAAAAGACCCGUCGGCCAGAAAAAAUGAAGAAGAAGAACAACGAUGUGGGAGACCGUGUUGCUGCAAGUGAUGUUCAAACGACCACCAAUUGUAUGGAAUCAGUGUCUUCCAAUUCUGAUUGCAAACCCGCUCAGAUGGAAGCACCCCGUAGUCAGGGUGAUGCUAACGCUGAUGAUCCAUGGUUUGAUUCGGUCAGCAACGUGGGAGAUUCAAAUUCGGAUGAUGACUUUAUUAGCGUCCAUGGAGACGAUGAUCUUCAGUUGGAACCAAACGAGGAAGCGGUUCAAGAUGAGAAUAUGUCAUCACAUUUCUUGGAAAACAAGUUUUGGGACCAAGAAUCCCAUGAAAGCAAUGCGAAGAUAGACAACAUUAGUGCAGAAAAUACACCGAUUAAAGGCAGAGUCAAGCAAGAGAACUCGUUAUUCUUUUUAAGUUCCAAUGGACAUGAACUUCCAUACUCUGGGGAUGAUGACGAUUCCACCUCGUACAAAUUAGGACGUAGUUAUAGUAGCUUUAAUGGUGAUAAAGAUGAUAAAAACGAAGCCCUUAUCUUGAAGCCUGGUGUACCCCAGUUGUUUCCUUCAGCUAGUUUCAACGAUAAGAUCACGAAUACAUCAAAUUCAGGGUCACUGAAUCAGACAAAUAAAUUGACAGUUAUUAGGCUUGUAAAAAGAUCUCCAGUCGAUGGAGAGGAUCCCAGUGGAACCUGUGCUACAGAGAAGUUCUUUUAUCGUCCUCGAGCAGGACUCUUGAUUCCUUGUUGUACAGAUGAGAAGCCGACUCCUGGAUGUUGGUCUGCUAUUGACCCAUCGAGUUUCACUCUCAGAGGCGAAAAUUAUUUCAAAGAUAAAUCGAAAAGGCCUGCUCCAAGUUAUUGCCCUUAUACUGCAUUCGGUGUUGAUCUCUUUGUAUGCCCGAAAAAAAUCAACCACAUUGCCAAACACAUCGAGCUUCCUACACUAAAAGGCGAAGGCGAUUUGCCUCCUCUUCUCAUCGUCAAUAUUCAGUUGCCUUCUUAUUCUGCUCAGAUGUUCCUUGGUGAUAGCGAUGGUGAGGGUGUGAGCCUUGUGUUAUAUUUCAAACUCUCUGAAACAUACAAGAAAGACACCCCUCCUUCAUUUUUGGAGAGCAUUAAGAGCUUAAUCGAAGAUGAAAUGGAAAUGGUGAAGGGUUUCAGAAAAGAAACCAUCGUACCUUUUAGAGAAAGACUAAAAAUCAUGGUCGGUGUGGUCAACCCUGAUGACCUUCUUUCAAGCAGCACCGAGAGGAAGCUUUUGCAUGCUUACAACGAAAAACCCGUGCUGUCACGCCCUCAACACAGCUUCUAUCGGGGAUCAAAUUACUUUGAAAUUGAUCUAGACAUUCAUCGGUUUAGUUACAUAGCGAGAAAGGGAUUGGAUGCAUUUCGUGAACGCCUAAAAGACGGGAUAAUGAAUUUGGGACUAACGAUUCAGGCUCAGAAACCAGAAGAAUUACCAGAGAAAGUUCUAUGCUGUUUGAGAUUAAACAAGAUUGACUUUGUGAAUCAUGGUCAAAUACCCACCUUAGUGGCAGCAGAUGAAUCUUGUUGAUUUUUGUAGCACAGAUGAACCCCAACAAAAAAAGGAAAAAAGGACAGAUUUUUGGUGUAAAAAAAGUUGAUGUAUUUGUUACUGGUUUUGUAAAUAUACAGGAUCAUCUUUUUUACCAUCCCCCAUUUGUAAAACUAUUUUUGUAGCUU